CCACGAGAAAUUAACACAAGUUACUUAUUACUUCCGGGUUGCACGGUUGAUUGUGUCGAGCUAAUACGAGCUAGCCGCCUUUUUUUUUGUUACCGUCAUUAGUUUAUUCAUGAAGAAACAGGAGCUGUUCCGUCGGGAAACUUGAUGACAACCGCUCGGGUUGUUUUGACCGUGGCCGCAGUGCUUGGACAACGAUAAUGACAUCUCAGACACGGGAUGUGGACGGGAUACUUUCUGCUAAAAGCUAACUGCAAUUACAAGUUGUCCCUCAGCAACUGUUGCUUUUCCACCACAUAAUCCAUCAUGUCGUUACCAAAGGAGUCAGGGAACCGAGGGAAAGAUCGAGAGAGGGGGGCCCGUCCCAAGGUGAGACAGAGCCGGUCAGAGGAGAGACGAGAUGCAGGCAGUGGACGGAAAGGGGGUGGAAAGGGGAAGAAAAAAGGCCUCGCCUCACACGAACCGGCAGCUGAGAGGCCUGUCAGCGAUGGCUUUGAGUACGGUGAGCUGUUGAGCGACCUAGAGACCAGGGACCAAUCUUCCUCCUCGCCUCUGAAGGAGAGUUGGAGGUGGCAGGGUUUGGAGGCCGCUGCCUCGUUAUUGGGACAAGAACGGGUAACAGCCAGACCAGGGGUGGGAACAGUUAGCUCAGCGACAGAGUUAUCUGCACCCAGUGACGGUGAAGGCAGGGGGUCAAGCAGCAGUCGCACUUUCCGGCAAAAAAUCCAAGAUGCAAUGGGGCAGUGUUUCCCGAUAAAGACACACACUGCGGCUGCGGCAGCACCAGCACCGACGCCGCAGGCUCUUUCGUCAUCAAACGCCUGUGCCUCCUCAAGGCGCAAGAUCCACCUCAGUGAGUUGAUGUUGGAUGACUGCCCUUUCCCUGUAGGAUCAGAGCUGGCUCAGAAGUGGUAUCUCAUUAAGCAACACACGGCGCCCAUUACCCAGCCUCCCGUGCUCGAUUCUGCGGUAGUGUGCAGCGCCCCAACUUCAGCCGUAGCUACUGUGGUGGAGGACGUAGACGACAGGUUGCGGGAGCGCAGGCGCAUCAGCAUCGAGCAAGGUGUUGAGCCACCACCAAACGCAGAGAUCCACACGUUUGAGGUGACGGCCCAAAUUAACCCUCUCUACAAACACGGCCCUAAACUGGCUCAUGGUAUGAAUGAGUUAGCUGGGGCUGACAGAGCCUCGGUUCAUCAGCAGCAGCAGCUUCUUCUCCAAAGACAGCAGCAGCACCAGCUCCUACUGCAGAGGUGUUUGGACACUCUGGAUGAGGUGGUGGCCUCGGCCUCGGCCUCAGCCUCAGCCUCGGCCUCGGCUUCAGUCCCAGUUCCAGUCCCAGUCCCAGUCCCAGUCCACACCUGUGAUACUAUUUCCGACUCUCUGGUUGAGCCAGAGGUUACAGCGACCAGCGUGCCCUCUAGAGCCGUGCUUCCACCGACUGAGCAUCACAAAUCUCACGAUGGCUACCGCAUUCACACUCAGAUUGAUUACAUUCACUGUUUAGUUCCAGACCUGCUGCAGAUCACCAACCUCCCGUGUUACUGGGGGGUCAUGGACCGCUACGAGGCAGAGACGCUGCUUGAGGGAAAGCCCGAAGGCACCUUCCUCCUGCGAGACUCCGCACAGGAAGACUACCUCUUCUCCGUUAGCUUCCGCCGUUACGGCCGCUCGCUACAUGCACGCAUUGAACAGUGGAACCACAACUUCAGCUCUGAUGUGCACAAUGCCAGUGUCUUCCAUGCUCCCACUAUGACAGGAUUGCUGGAGCACUACAAGGACCCUAAGUCCUGCAUGUUCUUCGAGCCCCUGCUGUCCAACCCCAUCCACCGCACACAGCCAUUCACCCUGCAACACAUCUGCAGAGCAGCCAUAAGCAGCUGCACCACCUAUGAUGGCAUUAACAUGCUUCCCAUUCCAACUGCUUUGAAAAAGCACCUGAAAGAAUACCACUAUAAGCAGAAAGUGCGUGUACGGCGAAUGGACACAUGGUGGGAAUGAAGAACAAAAUGAUGGACUAAAAGAAACUACUAAAUACAUUUUUAAUGCAAUUCACCUGGAACUGAAUUAAACUGAACUGAACAAUGAGUCUUGUUCACUCUACCUGGCUGUAUUAACCUACACUGCACUGUACUUUAUUUAUUUUAUUCCUGCUGUACAUGUCUUAACAAUUGUACUAAACUCCACUAAUAAGACAAUAUGUAAUCUCACUGAUCUUGUACACUCAAAGUUCUUUAUGCUCAAAUUAAACAAACUUAUUUAGA